AUGGUGGUCUAUUCCUUCUACAUAUUCGACCGGCAUACGGAGUGCAUCUACUCGAGAAUUUGGGCCAGACGAGACAGGCCAGCAUCAGGGAGCGGAGCAUCCACAAGACCCGUUUCGGAUUCAAGCUCAAGCAGCAAUCCUCCCAUAACAGACCUUGGACCUGCAAGAGCACGACCAGCUCGAUUAAGCGCACAAGAUGAUGCGAAGCUCAUAUUUGGUACAAUCUUCUCGUUGCGAAACAUGGUCCGGAAGCUUGGGGGUCCUGAAGAUAGCUUCAUAUCAUACCGGACGGGUCAAUAUAAGCUGCAUUACUACGAGACUCCCACCAACAUCAAAUUCGUGAUGCUCACCGAUACGCAAACCCUCAACAUGCGCAAUGUUCUGCACCAAAUAUACGUAAAUCUCUACGUCGAGUUUGUCGUCAAGAACCCCCUAUCCCCAGUCGAACAUCCAGGAGGCGAGGGAGUUGCAAACGAGUUGUUCGAGCUGGCCUUAGACCAAUUCGUGAAAGGAGUCCUUUGA